UAAAUGUCGUUAGCCAUUAUAUUUUUUGCUUAUUGUCUAGUCAUUUCUUUAACUUGCUUGUCAACUUUAACUACAUAAUUAAUAAUUAAUUUAUUAAUAUCUAAUCAGGAAGUUUUAAAUUGAAAUGGACGGAAUUUUAUACUCAUAUAUAUGUGAAUCAAUUUUUAUAAAUACAAGUGAUCCGUUAAUAUUACAAAAACUAAAACGAGUUAAUGUUCUUUGGAAAAAUUUUAUCGAUAAAAUUCUUGAAACAUCGGAUAUAUGGAAGAGGGCAUGUUUGAAUGAAAUUCCAUCUGAACCAAUUUCCUCUAUGAUUACAAAAUUGUUUCCGAUGCUUUAUUUUGAAAAUUAUCAUCAUCUUGAUGACAUGACAGUUUGGCGUACUGUUUACAUUUCGUAUAGAAAGUGGAUGAUGCUCUCGAAAUUUCAAGUUUCAGUCGAAGUUUCUUAUGAUUUUGCUGCUAGAUCAAAUUUUUCCGAAAGAAUUAUUGCUUUUGCAAGUUGCGGUAAUUAUUUUGCUAUUGGGACUACCAAAGAUAGAAUUUAUCUCUUUGAUUUUAAUCAAUUAAAUAAACCUUUGUAUACAAUAAAUUUCGAAAAACCUAUAGAAAAUAUUAGGUUUUGGUCUCCUGCAAGUGGUGACUUAUUAUUAGUUGCAAUGAUUAUACCUGGGAACAUUAAAUUUUGGAAUAUUUUAGCUAUGACGGAAGUAGAGUGUAUCAAUAGUACCGAUGAUACAAAAUCAGACGGUUUAUGCACUGGUUCAACAAAUAUAUUAUUUACUAUGAGAAACGGAAAAUUCAAUGAAUACAAACAAACUACAGAUGGUAUACGAUCAUAUUAUAAAGAUAACUUACAAUUACAAGGUCUUGAAAUCAAAUGCUUCCUGGAAAACAAUAAAAUAAUCUAUGUAUCGACUUUUGGAGAUUCUUUAACUUUAUACAAUUAUCGAAAUCAAACAUCUGAUGGAAAUCAUGAUAUUAUUGAAGAGGACUAUCAAGAAUUUCCUGUUCUUUUUAAUUACGGUAUAACUCUGUAUGAGGAUCUCCAGUUUGUAUUUCUUACUUCUAAUGUUAUACUGCAGCGAUCAGCCGAGAGAAACGCGUGUCUCUUGAUUUACAAUCAAAAAACCAACUGGAGUAUAUAUGAACCAUUUAAAAACUUCGGUGACAGGGAUGUUAUAACUGCUGGCAUAUUACACGGAAAAUUUUUAAUUUUGGGAUUCAAAACGGGUUAUGUACGGAUUUAUACUGUAGAAAAUAUUGAAGACCUUAAAACUUAUAAAUUAGAUCUUAAUUCAGCAAUUGAGUAUGAAUUGAGUAAUUACCGAGAUCAUGAAGAGAUUGAAGAGUUGCAAGUCGCUGAAACUCAAGGAAAAUUAAUUAUUAUUGCAAUAACAUCAUUCGUUGUCUAUUCGAUUAAUUUUUUUCCUAAAAACAAUCUUCAAUAAAUAAUUAUUUAAGUAUCAUAACAUUAUUGUAAUAACGGUGCUGAUGAAGUCCGAGCUCAUUAGAGUAUUAUUAGUUUAAACAAUCUAAUCAUAACGCAUGAUUUCGAAUUUGUAAAGAAAAUAAAAAUAAAUUAUA